AUGCAUCAAGCAAAUGGGGCCAAGGAAGGAACGAAUUCUGGAGACAAAUCCACUUUUCGAAGAAUUUUCGCUCAGGUUCUUGCGGUGACCGUUAAAAAUUUGCUCAUUCUUGAUCUGGGAUUUUGCUAUGCAUUUGCGAUCAUUGCAAUUCCAGCGCUAACUGGUAUUCACAAUAAGUACAAUCAAAAUGAGACGCUAUUAAUAACAGUGGCCGAGGCUUCAUGGAUUGGAAGUUUAAUGCACGUACUUCCGCCGAUUGGAUGUUUAUUUUCAGCACUGAUAACAGGCAUAUCCACUUGGACGCAAGAGAUCAAUGAUUCUUGUGAAUAUUCCACUCGCAAUUGGAUGGUUUAUGUUAUAUCGCGCCAGCAAUGUUUGGGAAGUAUAUGUUGGAAUUGCAAUGCAAGAUCUCGGGGAGUCGCUAGCGGUAUUGCAGCGGCUACAAAUUAUGUUUUUGGAUUUGUCACCAAAAAAACCUAUCACAACUUGGAGAACACGCUUUCAAUGCAGGGCACAACGAUGCUUUAUUGUAUGAUAAGUGGCUUUGGGCUGGUUUUAACCUAUUUCAUUUUGCCCGAAACAGAGAAUCGAUCAUUGGAAGAAAUUGAAUUACAUUUUGCCGAUAAUUCGAAAAGUAUUACUGAUCGCAAAAUUCCAAAAUUGAAUAGUGAAGCUGUUAAAGUGAAUGAUGAUGGCAAAGAGUCGGAAAGACAUUUCUCCAAUGGGCGAGAGUAA